UCUGGUCAGUGGUGGUCGUCUGGUGGUAUUUUUCCUGUAAGAGUACCAAAUAACAAUGUUAAAAGGGGAUGCGACUAUUUAGGAAAAAACGUUAAAUAAAACUUGUGUAACUGCAAAUACUGUAAAUACUCGGUUUUUUAGGCGUGGAACUCUGUAGCGUGCGUUUUGUCGCCAUGGUAACUUCUGUGGUGGAUAAGUAUAAAGCAUUGAAUGAGUCUGCUUUAGCAUUAGCUUUCUGUUUUACCCGCGAAAACUAUUUAAUUAUCCACCGACGUCGUAAAGUUAACCCUCGGAACUACCUUUAAGUCCCAAUGGAUUUGCAGGAGAAGUUAAAAGGCAUGGACCAGUGUCUCUCUCACAGAAGGAAGCAGCUUUACAGGCAGCUCCUUACUAAUGCCUGUAAGGGUUUAACUUUCUCUCAAGACGUUAUGUGGGAGAUGGGACCGGAUAACAUCCCAUACAGCAAAGCUGACUUCACCUGGCUUUUCUGUGCUUCUGGCCCAUUGGCACCAAGCACCAGAUCUAAGAGCAGAAAGCAAGGAGGGACAAAAGUGUUGCCACACCACACUCGACUCCGAGGCUCUGCGACUCCUCCUUUACCAGCCUUGCCACCAUUGCAAACUGUACAUCACCAUUCACUGACCACUAAUGAGACUUUUAUUACCGUGCCUGGCCACCAAAAUGGAACAUUGGACUCAGUUAAAAGGAUUGGGUUGAGUGAAGCCUUAAAUAUAUACAGUGCAAUUCCCUACCAGUUCCCUACCAUAUUAAAGGAGGAAGAGCAGAGCAGUACAAGCAAGGGAGAUGAGUCUGUGUUGAAGAAGCUGACCAAGAAUACUGCUCAGUGGAUUAUUAGUCAGCAGAUUCCUAGAGAUGAUCAGUAUAAAGCAAGGAUGCAGUCACAGCUGAAAGAUCAGAAUGGGUCAGCCAGUGCCACCGAUCUCGCAACUGAUGAGUCCAAGGUUAAGGAGGAUUUCUAUGGCUUCUACAGAGCACCCGAAUCCAGCCCAGAACCCAGAGCACUGCAGAGCAGCAAACCCGAGACACCGCUACCAGUUUAUUACAGGAUAAAAGGUUACAGUGUCUCACCAGUUUGCACAGAUGAACAAGGUGGGAUCAAUAGGACAGCAAAUGAUGUGACCAUAAAUCACAUGGAGACCCCAAAGCUGCCUUGCCUACAGGACAGUCUGAACCCACGUGCUGGAAAAUAUGUUUAUGACACUGAGAACAACUUUGAACUGGAACUCUACACAGGGAUAGCCAAACAAGUGCAUCAACCAGGCAGAAAGAAUCAAGACCGCAUCAUUAUGGACAACAACUCAGAGUACCAAAAGAACCUCCAGGACGUGUUUCCGUGUGGCCCAGAAAGGUGGACAGAUUUACCAUCAGCUGGCUUGCUAAGUGUGACUAAAGAAGUGAGUAGACCAGAGAAAGGAGUACGGCGAUGGGUGGGUUUGCCCGCCAAAGCUGACUAUGCUACAGAGCUGGGGCUCAGACCUCCUGAUUACAACAGACAAGACAAAAAAGUGCCCAAAGAGCCAAAUCGUUACAGCCCCAUGCCAGGGCUUUCUUCCCUCCGCUAUGCAGUGGAGGGGUGGAGGAAUGCCUGGAAGAUUAAAACUAUCUGGCAAAGUGUGACUAUUGAGGGUUUGAAGAAGGAUCUCACUGACCUGCACUGCCAAGUGCGAGUGGCAGCUAUUGCUACUUGUGCAUCAGCAGCAGUUAAUAGACCAGAAGUGGGUCCAGAUCCAGAUGAAACAGAUCAAAAUGAUCAGAGCUGUGAGGUAGAGGCAGUGCCUCCAGAACUGCAGCCCCUGCUUCUCUUUGCUCUCAGUGACCCAGUGAAGAGAGUUCAGCUGGCAGCCGCUGUGUGCCAGUAUGCCAUCGGUACACCCAAUGCCCAUGCACGGGAUAUACUGCGUAAAGCACUACAACACGAUUCUUCAGGAACAGGAGUAGAUGGCUGGGUUGCAGCUCAGUGUUUAGCGAUAGAAGGGGAGGUCAAUCAAACUGUAAUAGAAAGAUUACUCUCCCAGCUCUUUCUCAGCAGUGCUCCAUCAGACCAAGAACAGGCUGCCACCCUAUUAGCCAGCGUUAGUAGCAAGACUAUUCUAGUGCGCUCAUUGCUGGGAGAGGAACUGAACAGCGCUGACUGGAGAAACCGAAUUCUGGCGUGCAAAACCAUCUCAGAGCUUAAAUGCCCAAUCAACAAGGAUCUGACCAACAAGUUGCUGUACUUGAUGUGGAAUGACUGGAGUGGUUUGGUGCGUCAGGCAGCAGCACAGGCUCUGGGCAAGCUGGGCUUAGGCAGUGACAUACACAAUGAGCUGAGUGUCAAACUACAUGAGGGUCCAACGCCUUGGCGGGUGGAGGCAUUGGUUCUUAUUGGUCAGCUGAAGAUAAUGACAGCCAAGCUACUGCCCAGUUUCUUGCGCUGCCUGAAUGAUGAAUCUGUUGUUGUACGCAAACAGGCCUGUUCAACUGCUGCCUCUCUCCUGAUCAAAGACGAGAUGAUCCAGAAUCAACUGUUUCAAUUAAUGCAGAAUGACUCAUCGUGUGAUGUGAAGGUGGCAGCAAUAAAUGCUUUGGGAAGGAUCGGUUGGCUGACACCUAUGCUCCAGGGGCUCUUACUGUGGGCACUUCAAUAUGAGGAGGAGCCCAGCGUGCGCAUUGCUGUCUGUGAGGCCCUGAAGAUGUUAGGGGUGGAAGGUCCUGACCUACAGAAUCUUCUGCAGGAACGUAUUGUCCUGGAAGCCAAUGCUCAAGUUCAUAGGCACAUUGAGGAUCUGAUGAAACACUAUGGCUACAGCCUAGACAGGGACAAGGGCACGGUCGACAUGAUAACAGAGCAGGUACAAAAGCUCUGCACAAAGAGUAAUAUCGUAGAGAAACUGCUGCUACUAGAGGACCUGAAACUGCAACCGCAGGAGAAGAUGCCAAGGAAAGAGAGCCAGCCAGAACCCGUGGUCAUAUCUGCACAACUGCAGGAAAGAUUAAGAGAUACACACUCGUCAGUGAAGAAUUGAUCAGCAGAUGGUCCAGACAGUCAGAUUUCAGUAACUAUUUAUACUGGAAGUUCCCUUGACACUCAAGAGGAACCACAAGCCAACAGUGGUCGUACCACUCCAACUGAAGAGUAAAUAAAGACAGAUGACAG